GCUCAACGCUCUUCCUUCACUUUAAAAGCUUGUUUACGGAUUUCGAACAUUCGAAAUUUCGAACGUAGAAUGAAUUCCCAGCACAACGAAGGAGUGUCUUCUGUGGGCGGAUUGCGAUGAUCCCGACCUCGAGAGGACACACUUCUUCGGCCAAACAAUGUUCGAGAUCUACUCGGAAGUGAGGGCCAUCCUCUCGUCCCACGUGAUCGGCGCCAUCGAGGGCUGCGUGUUGGAGGCGGUGGAGCGGUGCGUGCCCGCGGGGGCCCGGGUGGAGCGCCUGGCGCAGGGGGGCUACCAGCUGAGCGGCACCCUGGACGGCAUCCUCGCCGCCAGGGGGCGCCUCGAGGAGCUGCUGCGCCGCAAGGAGUCGCCCAGCGAGCGGGACUCGACCACCCUCUCGGACGAGACCGCCUCCUACGACCGGGGCGCCCCCACCACCACCUCCUGCCCCUCGGACGCCGAGCGGGACCCCACCGCCUCCUCCAACGGCUACGUCAGCACCACCACCACCGAGAGCAGCAGCGUGAGGAGGACGCUGCGGCAGCCCCUCUCCCGGAAGCUGCGCUUCAUCCUGAAGGGGGCCCGCUCCGGGGGGCUGCGCGGGGCCCCCAAGAGGAGGGCGCCCGCGGCCAACGACCCGGACCGGCUGAGCGAGAACCUGCGCCACAUGAAGCUGGCCACGGAGGAGUCGGACCCGGACUCCGAGGGGAAGGCGGACAGCGCCCCCUACAAGCACUCCUGCAAGCUGUGCUCGUUCAAGACCAAGCGCAGCAGCCACUUCAUCAAGCACAUGGCUAUACACGAAAAGGUGAGCACCCUGCACCGGUGCGGCCAGUGUUCGUUCACGUCGGUGCGGCUGAGCCACCUGCGCCGUCACGAGAUGAUCCACAGCGCCACCGUCCACCAGUGCAGUCAGUGCCGCUACCGGACGGACGACCUCAAGUUCCUGCUUCGACACGUCCGGCUCAAGCACCGAGGAGACGAGGCCCCCUCGCACGUGCUGAGCUGCCCCCACUGCAGCUACCAGACGACGAAGCAGCACUACUACGACCGGCACCGGCGCAUGCACUGCUCCCGCCGCAGCACGCCGCUGCACCAGUGCGAGCAGUGCCGCUACAAGACGCACCGCAAGGAGCACUUCGUGCGGCACGUGAACGACGUGCACGGCAACCGGCGGCCGCACCUCUGCCACCUGUGCGGCAAGGCCUUCAAGCGGGGCGACGCGCUGAGGCAGCACGGGGCGACGCACGACGCGGCCGGGUGCCACCGGUGCGGCGCGUGCGGCAAGGCCUUCCGCUCCCGCUCCCACCUGUCCGAGCACCGCGCGGUGCACUCGGAAGUGCGCCAAUUCCUGUGCGAGGUGUGCGGGGCCGGCUUCAAGACGCGCUCCGUGCACCGGAAGCACGUGCUCAGCAUCCACCGCAACCCCCGGGCGUACACGUGCGACGCCUGCCCCCGGAAGUUCAACACGCUCUACGCCCUCAAGCGGCACAGGAAGGUGCACGCGGGCGGGAAGGUCCCCCGCCCGGAGAACGGCGCCCCUCCCGAUCCGGAGGCCGCGGCCCCGGAACCCCCGGUGCCGGUGACCUCCGAGGCGGAGCAGCCCGCGCCGGUGACCUCCCAGCCGGUCGUGGCCACCCUCGUACAGGCCCAGGAACCCCCCACCCUGCUCUUUCUGACGAACAAUCUCCCGCAGUUCCAGUAACACGAGCGGCGCAGAGUUUUAAGAUGGCACACUGCCGGAAGAACGGAAGCAGGACAGCACUGUUCCGGCACUCCCCCCCUCCCC